CCGACGCCGGCUGCUGCGAGGACCCGGAGGAGCUCACGCCGGCGCCGCCCUGCUCCCCGCCUUCGUCCCCGGCUUCCGAAAGCGCCCCCGGCGAGGCCGGCGGGGCCGCGGUCCGAGCCGGGGGCACCGCCCCCUCUUCCGCUCAGCAGCAGCACGAAAGCGGCGACGCGAACGGUCAGGAGCCCCCCGAAAACCCCUGCGACUGUCACAGGGAGCCGCCCCCCGAAACCCCAGACAUCAACCAGCUGCCGCCGUCCAUCCUGCUUAAGAUAUUUUCCAAUUUGUCCCUGGACGAACGCUGCCUCUCUGCAUCACUGGUUUGCAAGUACUGGCGUGACCUUUGUUUAGAUUUCCAGUUUUGGAAGCAGCUGGAUCUUAGUAGUCGUCAACAGGUCACUGAUGAAUUAUUGGAAAAAAUUGCAUCGAGAAGUCAGAAUAUAAUAGAAAUCAACAUUUCUGAUUGUCGCAGUAUGUCUGAUACUGGCGUAUGUGUUCUAGCAUUUAAGUGUCCUGGACUACUUAGGUAUACAGCGUACAGGUGUAAACAGCUUUCUGACACCUCUAUUAUUGCGGUUGCCUCUCACUGUCCUUUACUUCAAAAAGUACAUGUAGGCAAUCAGGACAAACUUACUGAUGAAGGACUCAAACAGCUGGGAUCAAAAUGCAGAGAACUCAAAGAUAUUCAUUUUGGCCAGUGUUACAAGAUCUCAGAUGAAGGCAUGAUCGUCAUAGCUAAGGGCUGUCUGAAACUACAAAGAAUAUACAUGCAGGAAAACAAAUUAGUAACAGACCAAUCAGUGAAAGCAUUUGCUGAGCACUGUCCUGAACUUCAGUAUGUUGGCUUCAUGGGUUGUUCAGUGACUUCUAAAGGAGUCAUCCAUCUAACCAAGCUAAGAAAUCUUUCCAGCUUGGACCUACGUCACAUCACUGAACUGGACAAUGAAACUGUGAUGGAAAUUGUCAAGAGGUGCAAAAACCUUAGCUCUCUCAAUCUCUGUCUCAACUGGAUCAUAAAUGACAGGUGUGUGGAGGUCAUUGCAAAGGAAGGACGGAACCUGAAAGAGCUGUAUUUGGUGUCCUGUAAAAUCACAGAUUAUGCACUGAUAGCCAUUGGGCGAUACAGCAUGACAAUAGAGACCGUGGAUGUUGGAUGGUGUAAAGAAAUUACCGAUCUAGGAGCCAGCAUGAUUGCACAAAGCAGCAAAUCUCUGAGAUACUUGGGGCUGAUGAGAUGCGAUAAAGUCAACGAAGCGACAGUGGAGCAGCUGGUGCGGCAGUACCCUCACAUCACCUUCAGCACUGUCCUGCAGGACUGCAAGAGGACCUUGGAGAGAGCUUAUCAGAUGGGCUGGACCCCCAGCAUGUCUGCUGCCUCCUCCUAAUGCGCGUGCCCACACGUGGGCACACUUGGAUCGUUCAGACAAGCAGAGAAGUAUAGAUUUGGAAUGGGUGAUCUCUUGGAAAGGUUUUAACCAUCACCUGUCUGCAUCUGUACCAGAGUGUGUAUAUUUGUGUCUUAUUUGCCUAUUGCAUAGCAGAAGUGCACUUGUUAUUUGUUCCCAGGUGAGCUGGCUUUUUUUUCUUAGAAAUUGAAGAUUACCAAAGCCACAAAACUUUUACUUUUUAAAUUGGAAGGCUUAUUCCUUUAAACAACAUGUUAAUAGAAGGUCAAAGACUUGGCUUAUUAUUUUGACUUCUGAUUUCUGCCAUUUUUUAAAUGCCCAAAAACAAAGUCUUUCUUUUUCGAUGAAUUAGAAUUGUGUAUUUCUACAGGUCAGACCAGAAGUAAUGGUGUAUUAAUUGAAAGCUUGUAAAUUAGUAGUGUUCAAGUUCCAAGCACAUGUACACAUAUAGUUAUUUACACUCUUGUGUAUCCACACCUGUGGGUGCACAAACACCCUGGGUCGUUUUUUUGUAAGCCACUUCUUGACAGAGGGGACUUCCUCCACGCUCCUGAGGGAGCAUGUCUUCUGCUGCAGCUCCACUAACUCCGUGUCCACAGGUGGGCAACCUUCUAUCUGGUUGGUGACUUAGGGACUAGAAAGAACAAAGCCUUUUGUAAAUUUUUUAUAUAUAUGAAACAAUCUGAACUCCCUUGGCCAGCUCACAAAAGUUAAUUAUUCAUUAUUCAGCACAUAUAUUCUGUUGAGUACUAAAUAUUUUAGUUAGUUAUACAUUAACAUUGUGUUAGCUUUUAUUUUGUGGAUAGUAAGUGAUUGGGAUAUAUCUUAGUGAUAUUUGGAGCUAAUCUUAGCAUUAUCCACAAUGAAGCCACCAAUGUGAUUAUUAAUGGUGUGUAGUAUUUUAAAAAAUCUACAGAUCAUUUCAUUACUUUGUUAAUUUUGAUAAUGGUGAAAGUAUAUUUCUGAGAUUUGGGGUAGUCACAUUAGUAGAAAGUUCAUGAGUGAAAUAUGAGUAGACAAUCUUUCUAUUGAAGUUUUUUCUUUUGCUUUGCUUUGGAUUUUAGAACACGUUUUCGGAUAUAUGCAUGUUAUGUUUUUUUUUGUUUUAAUAGUUCUUAUGCUACUGCAAAGAUCUAUUGCUAGCUGCUGUAUGAGUUAAAAAGAAAAAUUUGAAAAUCUGUUCAUUAGAUUCUGUUUACACUUGCCAGAAGUAUUUUUGUUAAAUUGAAGAUUGCCAGCUUUCAUACAUUUGAUUUCACACAUCUUUACAAUUAAUUCAUUGUAGGGACUGAGGCUCCAAUAAACUUUCCUGUGUCUAGAUUUAUAAUCAAGACUGCAGGGAGCCUUUUUAAGCUAAAGAGUGAUUAUCUUUCGUAGUAGAAGUAAAAAUAAAACCCUCAUUUGUGAAUUUGCUAUUUAUUGCUCCCUGAUGUGGACAUAACUGUUAUUUUGUCUUUAACAGAUAUAACUGAGGUGUGAGUUCAUUCCUUGUAAAUCCAAAUACUGUUAAAGUGAUACUAGCUGUAAGACACAAAAGAUAGCCUUACAUAUAAACAUCAUUCAUGUAUUUAUACUGACUUCUAUUUGGUCAACAGCGCUUUCUUUUGAUUAUGUCAACAUAUUUCUGAUGUGGCAAUUUUUGUUUUAAUUCCAAUCAGUUCAGAAAAUGUAGUCGGUAAACAUUGAGUACUUUCCCAUAAAUUACUAAUUUAAUCUGAAGGAAGCAAAAUUUGUGUAAGAAAAGGCUAUUUGCCAUUAAUAAACUAUAUUUCUUCUUACACAGUGAACUUCUCACAGUCAUUUUCAUAUCCCUUUCUCCACCACUGAAAAACCUUAUUUCACAACAUUUAAACUGAAUUUUAACCCAAAACUAAUUUAUAAGACAGUAUGUAUAGUAAUAGUAGCUUCAGUGAAUGAAAAAUGUUUAAUUUUAUAUAUGUCACACUAUAUUUUAAAUAAUUUUAAAAGGGACAAAAGGGAGAACAAUCUGUGGUAUAGAUGGUUUAAUUUCAGUUUAAAGUUGUAAUAAUCUUUGGAGUGUUACAGUUUGGUUGUCAAAUGGUUUCAGAGUGUAUAACUGAUUUUUUAAAUGUCUCAUUGUUUUAAAGUACAGCACUAAAACAUGCUUUAGCUUGGGGGUGGGGUGGGGUGGGGCCUGCACUUACUCUCUAAAAUGUCAGCUAAUCCAGAAAGCUUGAUGCAACAUUACCUGGAAAACUGCUGUGGUACAUUUGUAGAAAUCUGUAGAAAUAUCGUAUCUAGCCUCAAAGCAUUAAUCUCAAAAAACAGCCAGGAAAAGCAUCACCCUGAGUGAUUCUGUGAUGGUUGUUGAAUGUGUUCUCAUUAGAUGCUUUACAAUGAGGCUUGAAAUAAUUUUUCUAGGCAGUAUAGUUUCUUUUUCUUUUUUUGUUUUCUGUUUGUUUGCUUAGAGUGUCAUAAAUACAUGUGAACAGGUUUAAUGCAGGGCUUUUUAUCCUCUCCAAAAUGUCAACAGUAUUUUCAGAAUAAAACCUAUGAAAUACAUUGCUGUAGUGGAAACUCUGGUCCUUUGUCUUUAAUGUCUUUUUGAGUGGAUAAAGAAAAUCACCCAGUUUGUAGUUUCUAUAUUUCCGUGAAUCUUUUGACCUUGCAAUGGGUUGCAAUAAAAGAGAAACAAAACACUGUAUCUUUUGUUUUAUUUUAGAAACAAUAAAUGGCCUCUCUGUUACUGGCUGA